CACGAGCGCCCGUUUGCGAGAAGUGAAUGGUCUCGAAUAUAUCCCACUUUAGCGACCGCCCCCUGCGAACAUAUAUACCACACCUUCGCCAAUCUGCUCGGCAACAGAGUCGGCCUCCACGCCUUGUCCUUGCAGCCACUGCAAGUCCGCUCCUUUCACACCACCGCCCUCCAACACCCUUCCAAUCCCCUAAGCGCCUCGUCAGAAACACAGAGUCAUUCGGAAGGCCUUCCGCCGUUACAAUCGCAUGAGGGUGGAGGGGAGAUGGCGUUCAGCUUUGGAGGCGGGCAGUCGGCGCAAGGGGGAAGCGGCGGCGGCGGCGGCAGUCAAGCGAAUGCGGGCCCAGACUUGGAGUCCAUCGACACGGAGCAGUUGAGCUUCCAGGCCGUGUCAGGCGAGGACAAAUUGAAGCUGCUCCCAUCACCCUGGCCAAGCGACAGUCAACCACCAGCGUCAGCAUCUCUACUCAGCAUCGCGUCGAGCAAAGGCUUGGUGGCAGCUGCCGGCCCGGAUACGCUGGUCGUCGCGAAGACGGAUACUGUUCGGACGGCGCUCAGAGAGGGUACAGCGACCGGCGACAGCAAGAUCAAGGAGUUCAACCCGGAAGCCACCAUCUCCAUCCCGCGCGUCUCGCAGCUCGCCUUUUCGAGCGACGAGAGUUGUCUGGUCAUUGCGGCAGAGCAGGGGGGCGGACUGGCCGUCUACGACACCAAUGCCAUCACCACGGGUAGUAAGGACCCCGCAUUCCAAGUAGGCACGCAUGGGGUCAGUGUGCGACAGCUACUGCCCAAUCCGAAUCCGGCGGGUGAUCUGGCGCAUCUGUUUGCGAUGGUGCUGGAGACGGGACAGUUGUUGCUGGCAGAUCUGAAGACGAGGGAGCUUGCGAAGAGUGGUAAUGGCAAUCCUGUCUUUCACGACAACGUCACGUGUGCUUGUUGGUCGAGACUGGGGAAGCAGAUUGUCGCUGGACGGAGUGACGGAACGGCUGUUCAGGUCGACCAGCAGGGCAAUGUCAAGGCGGAAAUUCCACUACCGCCCAGGCUGCCGGAACUGUCGAACGGUGCAUCUGGUCCCAUUCCGCUCACGUCGGUAUACUGGAUCGAGACGAACGAGUUCCUGCUGGUGCAUACGCCUAAUAACACUUCAGCCAACGGAGACGCAAUGGCUGAUGGACCCACAAGCGAGUCUAUCAUGCAUCUGGCGAGGAGAGAGAAGGCUACGAGCACCAAUUGGAUCUUCCAAACAGUCACAGACCCGACACCUGCUCUACCCUUCGGUGGACGAACACCGACUCAUCACUUCAUCCAGCGGCUGAAAGACUGGCCUCCGAACCUCGACGACCUCCUUUUCCUCAUCUCGACGCUCUCGACGGAUGUGGGAAUGCUGUCGAAGAGUAAAACGCCACUCAACCCAGAUACACCCGUCAGCGGCGUCUACACCACCACCAACCCUCCGGAUAUGAGGCGAGCAGGAAUGCCACUAAGCAUCCUCGACAGCGCGAGUGAUACUUCACCCAUCGGUAUGGCGAUCGACUUGAGCGUCAAGGAAUCGAUUCCGCAGCCAAUACCGAAGGAUGAAGAGAUCAGAGACUCGCCCACGCCCUUACCGGCUCUAUACAUCCUCAAUAAUGAGGGCAUGCUGAGCGCAUGGUAUGUCGUCUACAACGACUCGAUCCGGCAAAAGGUAGCCUUCCCAGACCUCGUCGCAGCAGGUGGCCCCAGACCGUUGGGUGAGAAGAAGGAAGGCACGCCCGCUCCCGCUCCAUUCGGCCCCACAGGCGGACAAUCACCAUCACUAUUUGGCAGUACAACGCCGGCCUCAAGCGCACCCUCGUCCGCCCAACCAACAACUUCCGCUCCAGCUUUCGGCGCAUCCGCUUUCGGUACACCCACCACCCCCGCUUUCGGUGGCCCAACGAGCAAUACGCCUGCUUUCGGCAGUCCAAGCACCCCAGGUUUUGGCGGAGCUUCCGCAUUGGGGAACAACAAGCCCUCAGUAUGGGGCUCCCAAACCCCAGGUACAACGGCUAGCAAUGCGUCACCUUUUGGCGCAACAUCAGCAGCAGGGAGCAAUCAACCCACCUUUGGCUCCUCCACACCCAUGGGAGCCGGAAGUGGUUUCGGCCAGGUAGGCGGAUUAGGACAGACCAAAUCACCUUGGGCUUCUUCUGCGCCCGCGUUCGGGAAGCCGAGUGCGCCUUCGCCUUCGCCUUUUGGCGGGCAGCAAGCACCGUUCGGCGGGAGUAAGGAGAAUGGUGAACCGCAGAAACCGGCUGCUCCUUCUUCCGUCUUCGGCAGCGGCAUGGGUGGGGGCCAAGGGAUGUCCACUUUCGGCUCCCUUGCUGCACAAGCGCAGAGUGGGAACGAGAACAAGAGUCCCUUUGCCGCUUUUGCCUCGUCGUCCACGAAGCCUGCCGCUGUGUCUGCUGAGCCUUCGUUUGGUUCUACCGCUACCAUUGGUUCAGGCUCUGGCUCCGGGUUUGGCAGUUUCGGCAGCACGGUCAACGCCCCGUCCAUCUUUGGCACGCCGAGUUUGAAUGGUGGUGGGGGCAGUGGUGGGGGGAUGAGUUUUGGGCGACCCUCGAGUCUGCCUGUUAGUCGGGAGGAGACUAUGGAGGAUGAGGGGGAGAAGAAGGCUGGUGAGCAAGCGAAGCCGCAAGGGAGUGCUGGCUUUUUCAGUGGAUUGGGGUCGAGUGGGUUUAAGUUUGCGCAGGGUGCUGGAGACGGGGAGAAGCAGACGGCUGGUAGUGGUAGUGGUGGUGGUGGUGGAGGAGGAGGCGGAGGCAUGUUUGGAUUGGGGAGUGGUGGGUUCAAGUUGGGAAAUACAUUCAAGGGCGAUGGGAGCGCGAAGAAUGAUUUGCCGAAGCCGAAGGAGACGGAUGGUGGGCUUUUUGGUGGCGGAUUCGGGAAGGUGCUUGGGGAGGUCGAGGAGCAGCAGCCCACCACGCCUAUCAAGCAGGAACCCGGGACGGAGAAGGAGGUGCGGCUGGAAGAUGUGCCGCGUGCGAAACAGGACGACCCGUUAAGUUACAGCGCGAAGAGAUUCACGGGAGAUGUACCGCCGAUGGAUGUCCCUGGUGGAGAGACGCCGAGGAGGUUUGCGGGUGAUGUGCCGCCGAUGGAUGUCCCCGCCGAGAAGAAAGCUAAGAGUGCGAACGAGGACCCGCUGAGCUAUAAGGCGAAGAGGUUUGCGGAUGACGUGCCCCCCAUGGAUGUACCUGGUGGCGCUGAGCAGCGCAAGAAGACAGAGGAGAGGAAGGUCGAGGAGGAAGCGCCUGUUGCUGGGUCGCCGCCGGUCGAUCUGGGGAACGAGAGGUUUUCUGAGGUGGCUGAGGACGACGAGGAUGUGCCUCCGGUGCCUGAUGAUGAGGGCGAGUGGGAGGAGGAAGACGAUGGUGAGGAGAACGGGGGUGAAGAGGGUGAUGAGCAAGAUGAUGAUGAUGAUGGUGAUGAUGAAGGCGACGAGGACGAGGAAGACGAUCGCGAGGUCACCGAUCCCAACGCUCUGGCUGCAUUCGAGUCGAGAGUCACGCCUGCUUCCCCGGUCCGCGCAAAACAGCAGAACGAGUCGACGACGCCAGCGACUGAGAAGAAGCCGAUUGUGCCUAGUUCCACUCCCGCCGGCUGGCCCAAACCACCUCCCGUAUUUGCACAGCCGGUGCAGGAAUCACCUCGCUCGCCCAGCCCGGUGCGUGCGGUCACUGCGCCGUUGCAGACGGCUGCACCUAGUCAACCGUCCAAGUCACUCUUCUCGCCGGCCCAACCACCGCAACAGCAGCAGCAGCAGCAGCAACAACAGCAACAGCAACCGAAACGCAUCGCCGUGCCACCGGCUAAACUCGCCCAGGAGCGUGCUCCAGUCAAGCCCGCAAAGCCUGCCGAACCCACUUCCGGCGAGCUCGAAGACGAAGACGAUGCGCGCAUCAAAGCAAUUCUGGACAGCGCGCCGCAGCCGAGUAGAGAGGUCCCGGUGUUCCUCGCCCAUCAUGAUUACGUGGGUCAGUCUGAAAAGCAAGGACUUGGUGGGCAGAUCGAGAAGGUGUAUAGGGAUGUUAACAGCAUGCUUGACACGCUGGGACUGAACGCGCAUUCGUUGAUGGGGUUUGUGGAGGGGCAGGCAAGGUUCAAGCGGGAUGGUGCGAGAGAAUUGGGUGAAGAUGAGGAGGAAUGGACGUUGGAUGAGGUUGCUGGUUUGGAGGGGUUAGAGGAUGAACUUAGUGAUCGUCUUGAGCAGGGGAGGUUGCGGAACGUUCGAGCGCGGUUGGAGAGUUUGGCGGAGGAGGGGCAGGACGUGAAUAGGUUGAAGAUGAGGAUGGCGGAGUUGAAGAAGCGGGUUAAAGCCCGCUCGGAUCCGGAGCAGCAGGCUAAGCAGGACAUGGCGCCUUUGACGGCUGAAGCGCAAGUGCAGCAAGCGGAGCUCAGACGGCUGGCGCAGAGGGUGCAGACGCAACUGGGCGAGGCGGAGGAGGCGGUGAGUGUGCUGCGGGCGCAACUUGCUUCCACGACGGCGAUGACGGACGGCACGCCGGUGUCGAAGAUGCCCACGGUUGAGGCGGUCACGAACACGAUUCUGAAGAUGACGGCUAUGAUCGAGCGGAAGAGUGGGGAUAUCGAUGUCCUUGAGGCGCAGAUUCGACGCUUGCCGGGAGGGCUUGCGGCGCUGAAGCUGGAUGAGGAUUACGAUGACCAGCUUGUCAGUUCGCUGGGGGGAAGUAAACUGCUCGCCGCUUCACCAGCGCGCAGUCACACUCGCAUGCUGGCGAAUGGCGACGCGCCGGGUAUGAACGGUAUGUUAGGCUCGUCGACGCGCUUCCGCACUCCGCCGUCUGCGAGAAUGAGCAUGAGCAUGAGCAUGAGUCGGAAUGCUUUUUCGCCUCAGGCGAGUCGAUUGGGGGCCAGCACGGGCAGUUUGAGCGGCAGUGCGAGGAAGAAGCAGCGGUGGGAUGAUGUGAGUGAGGAGGAGAUCCGGGCGUAUCAGGCGAAGACGGGAAGGCGGAGGAGGGUGCUGGAUCUGCUUCGGGAUAAGGUGGAGGGGGGCGAGGCGAGGGUUGUUCGGUUGGAGGAGGAUUGAAGUGAUGGAUGGCCUCCAGCACGGCUUUUGGGGGGG